AUGGGCCGCCCCCGCAACGGCUGCUCCUCGCCGCGCAUCCACGGCCCACCGCUGCACCGUCCUACCAGCGCAAGGUCAGGGUCGAGGACUGCCUUCCGCCCACGCAGCCGCCGCCGAAGAAGCAGGCGCGUACCGCGUCGCAGGUAGGGGAGCCGCGCGCGGUGCCGCCGAGUGUGCAGACCCCUGUGCAAGCUGCGCCUGCUGCGGGUUCGCCCGCCGACGAGCCUGAGCCCUCGCCGACGUCGUCGGGUUCAGCGGAGCCCCCGCGCCCCAAGCCUGAGCCAUCGGUCGAGCCCACGUCGCCCGCCAUGCCGCCCGCCGAGACCACGGGCACGAUGGACGACGCCGCGGCGGCGUGGAGCAAGGUCGUGGCGCGCCACAAGGUGUGGGUGGACCUCGACAACAACACCAGGCGCCUCUACGCCGUGCAUCGCGCGGCUGGCAAGGAGACCGACGAUGCAUAUGCUGAGUACCGUCGCGCGCACGAGAUCGCGCGCAAGAUGCGGCCCCCGACCCUGGAGGAGCUGGAUACGCUGGACCAGGCGAAGUUCGAAGACUAG